UGUCGAAUAGAUGGCAAUCCGUUUUUCCCACGGACCCUUAACGCACCAGUAGACGAGACGACAGGACAACAUGGCGGCUGCUGGGGGCCGACACCACGGAGAAGGUGGCAGAGCGACGAAGCGACAGAAAACUGAGGCGGGAGGAAUGACGACGGAGAGCUCCGAUGACCCUCACAAACCGCUGCCCUCCCCGGUGGUGCACAUCAGGGGCCUGGUGGAUGGCAUUAUGGAGGCCGACCUGGUGGAGUCCCUGCAGGAGUUUGGGGCCAUCAGUUAUGUGGUUAUGAUGACCAAGAAGCGCCAGGCCCUGGUGGAGUAUGAGGACAUGAAUGGCUCCUGCAAUGCUGUAACAUAUGCCGCAGAGAACCAGGUUUACAUUGCAGGUCACCCUGCCUUCAUCAAUUACUCAACCAGCCAAAAGAUUUCCCGGCCAGGAGACUCAGAAGACACGCGGAGCGUCAACAAUGUGCUGCUGCUGACCAUCAUACACCCAGUCUAUCCUAUCACUACGGAUGUGCUCUACACCAUUUGUAACAACUGUGGUCCUGUACAGAGGAUUGUCAUCUUCAGAAAGAAUGGGGUUCAGUCCAUGGUUGAAUUUGAUUCAGUUCAAAGUGCCCAGAGGGCUAAAGCCUCUCUGAACGGGGCCGACAUCUAUUCAGGCUGUUGCACUCUAAAGAUCGAAUAUGCCAAGCCAGCACGACUUAAUGUCUUCAAGAACGACCAAGACACGUGGGACUACACAAACCCCAACCUGAGUGGCCAAGAUGCUGAUGGUGAAGGCAAUUGGAACACUUCACAAGAUCCCAAUGGCAAUCACAACAAACGCCAGAGGCAGCCUGCUCUUCUAGGAGACCACCCACCUGAUUAUGGAGGUCAUCAUGGCUACAAUGACGACAGCUACGGUCCCCCUCCUCCCCACCGCAUGGGGCCAGGGAUAGGUGGUCGUGGUCGUGGUAGCCAGCGUUAUGGCUCUUGGUACGGACCACCACCCCCCGAGUACGGCCCUCAUGCAGACUCCCCAGUUCUUAUAGUGUAUGGCCUUGAGCCUUCCAAGAUCAAUGCUGACAAGGUCUUCAACAUCUUCUGCCUCUAUGGCAACGUAGAGAGGGUUAAGUUCAUGAAGAGUAAGCCUGGUGCAGCAAUGGUGGAGAUGGGAGACUGUUAUUCUGUGGACAGAGCCAUAACUCACCUCAACAAUAACUUCAUUUUCGGAGAGAAACUCAGUGUUUGUGUGUCCAAACAGCAGGCUAUCGUGCCAGGACAGUGUUACCAGUUAGAGGACAACACCAGCAGCUUCAAAGAUUUCCAUGGCUCCCGAAAUAACCGCUUCACCUCCCCAGAGCAGGCUGUCAAAAACCGAAUCCAGCACCCCAGCAACGUCCUGCACUUCUUCAACGCUCAGCCCGACAUAUCUACAGAGAUUUUCAACCAGGUCUGUGAUGAACAGGGGAUUAAGAGCCCCACAAGUGUGAAGCUGUUCACUAGAAAAAGUGAGCGAAGUUCAUCUGGCCUGCUGGAGUGGGAAUCCAUCAAUGAUGCUAUGGAAGCCCUCGCUCUGAUGAACCAUUACCAGAUGAAAAACCCUAGUGGGCCUUACCCUUACACACUGAAGCUGUGUUUCUCAACCACACACCAUGCCAACUAAAUACUCUCCCGUCAAGCUAUUUGUAAUGUUUUGUGUCUUCGCAUAGCGUACAGCAGUUCAGUUGUCACAUCUGAUUAACCAUUCAAGCAGUAACAACAAAACCUAGGAUUGAUGUGCUUGAGGGGGAAGCUAAUUUAACUAAAUAAAAUGGUUUUGUACCAUUUUAUUUAACUUUUACUGUGCUUUUUCAAUAAGUUUUUUUGUAUGUUUACACAACAUUGGAUUUAAAUUGAAUUCCCCACUACCCAGAAAUAACAUUUAAAUGGGGACCUCUGGUUUUGUUUUUGAAUGAAGUUUAUAGUCACCAUUAUGUGAAGACAAGUCUUUAUCUUUUAGUAAACACUACUGACAAUA